UUCAUCUCCUGAAAAGGUCAGUUUUAAAAUUCACUUUGUCUAGAAUACCAUUUAUGACAGCCAGUCAAAUGUUUUUGGAGCUUUACAAUGCAAACAUGUUCAGUGGAUAUUCAGAGGUAUAACAAAAUAUUUCAAUGUGGAAUAUUUCCUGUUUGAGACUCUAGCACUUUCAUGUCAUUACCUUUUGGUUUUCUGAUUUUUUUCUUCCAGUAUUUUGUUCUGUGGAUGCCAAGCAUGCUUAGUGGUUGCUGGCCAAGAUUCGGGGAGAAGGAAAAUGGUCCCUCUUAGGAUUUCUCCUUAAAAGUUCACUUCUACAAAAUUUGGGGUUCACUCAAGCCCACUUAGAAUUCCCUCUGAUACUAUUUUUGCUCUAGAAAUAUUGGGGCCCGUAGCCUUUUCCCAGAAAGAGAGGAAGGUAUACUGCUUCUAGAUAUAGAGAGUCUGUUUACCUAUCAGGGUUAAUGAACAUUGAUAGCUCUUGUCUAAUUCUAAAGCCACAGGGUGCUUUGCUUGUGUACGGCUUAGCAUGUUGUAUGGUCCCAGCCAGUGUGGUUUGUAAGCCCUGGUUUAUGAUUUAGUCUGUUGUAUAAACCUGGAAAAUUGUGGUUUAUUCAGUAAACCAUGAUCAAGCAAACUAUAGCAUAUCAUACUUUGUGAGCCCAGCCUUUCUGUUGCAUGAAUAAAUACUUUCCUGUCAUCUUCAAUCCUCCAGCUAACUUUCCCAGUGUUAUAAAGUUGUGUGAAAUCUUAGCUGCUUCACAUGUUCUGACUGCUGAUCUUUUGUUUGGAUUUUAGGUGCAGCAGAUACCUACAGAGAAUAUUCACAAAUAACCGAAGUGUUUGGGGUGAAACUGAUUUGCUUGCUUUCUGUGCAAAAGAAUGGAAAGAAGAAACAGAACAGGCAAAACAAAUGAGAGAGACUUACAAAACAUUAUUUUGGAGGUACCAUGUGAAAUAUAUAAGACAAGUCAGUGGAGAUAAGUACUGUUUGCUGAGAGCUGUGUUAUUCCAGAUAUUCAGCCAAGGUCUUCCUCUUCCAUCAUGGACAAAGGCAACAGAUAUACUAAAGCUCCCUGAAAAGCUGCUUUAUUCACAAGGUUGUAACUGGAUCCAACAGUACAGCUUUGGACCACAACAGUAUACAGGCUCAAAUACAUUAGGAAAAUUACGUAAAUGUAUUGAAGCAUUAAAAGGACAGAUUGGUUCUUACAGGGGCCUCAACCUACUAAUGCCUACCUCUUGUAUGCAGAUCCAUUUUGCUUGGGUGGAAAUCAGUGGUAUUAAAGACCAAUCUCAAAGACAGCAUCUUUGCAAUGCCAUUUUUACUGAUCGAAGUAUGGAACAUAAGUUCUAUGAGGCCAUAAAAUUCAUCAUGCUCUAUCAAGUAAUAGAAGCUUAUGAAUGCCUGGCCAGUAAUCAGGAAUGCGUUCCAAGUUUUUUUAGUGAUCUUUUUAGACGUGAUACUUCUUUGGAUCCUUUAAGUUACAUGAUGAAUCAUCUGAAUUCAAUAGGGGACAGAAGAGGUCUUGAUCAGAUUGAUCUAUUUCUCCUAGGACAUUCUCUUGAAAUAAAAAUAAUAGUUUAUAGGUUGUGUAAGAUUAAUACAGAAGAUUUUCUAGAAACCUACACAGAAGACUAUCAGAGGGAUUGGCAUGAGGUCCUCCUUCUUACUGAAGACGACCGUCAUUAUCACAUCCCUGUUGUUAAGAUAUGACUAUUGAGGCUGACAAAUAUUUCCACAUCAAAUCCCCUCUGAAGAAAUUUGUUCAGAUGAAUGGCAUGCUGCAUUUAAGAAAUACCUCUGCUAAAUAGAAAUGUGUAUGAAACAGAUCGGCCAGGCCAUUUUUCAGCUGAAUCUACUCCCAGAAUUUUUGUUUUUGUAAGGAGUAAAGUGAUGAAAUCAUAUAUGUCAAAGUGAAAUUCUCAGUAGCAAUAUGUUGAAGGAUCUAGCUUAUGGUAUAACCUGGAUAUUAUAAUGCCAAUUGACACAAGAUUGCAUCUUAAGAUCCAUUUGUAUUAGGGACAAAAGCAUCACAAACGUUAGUAAUUCCUUCACCUCCAAGAAACUCUUAUUCUGAGGCAAAAGUGACUGAGGGAUCUCUAACAAAGAAUGUUCCACAUCUUCACCAUCUCCCAGUUUACCUAAAGAAUUCAGCAAACUAUAAUGUAAAAUGUGUACAUAAGUAAUGUAAAUUGUAACAUUGGAACACUUUUGAAGACUACACUUGGUCUGUGGAGAUUAGAUAGAUGGGGGGGUGUUCAUACACAACAUUAAGCUAUAAGUUGGUUUGUUUCUUUUUUAGCUUAGUGUGAUAACUUACAAACUACAGUGGACAGAGUAACACAUUACCAUAAAUCUGACAACAAACUAAGCACAUUAUCUGAUUUGUUCUUAUAGCAAUAGAGGGGCUAUACAGUAACUUCUGGACUCAGUCUUAGAAACUUAGGUCUUUGCACAAAAGUUAUCCUAUCAGUUGCUUAAGAAAUCUUCAAAAAUUACUUAAAACUAAUUAUUUUACUAAUAAAUAUCCUAUCAUAUAAUUUAUCAUAUGAUGCAAAAGCAAACUUAAGCAUAUCAUAUUCAUAUUGUACUUAUUGUACUUAUUAUAUCUAAUCAGUUUCUCAGUCAAGAAGUUAGUGAUUUUUAUUGUUGUAACAAACUUUUACUGUCUGUAGAAUAUAAUCAGCCAAAUCACUUUUGCAAAAUUGCCAUAUUGUUGCAUUUUUGUCCAAAAUAUUUCAAUAUAGCAUGUAUAUCAGUAAGUAUAAUUGAGACCACUGUACUUGCCAGAGCUAUGUAAAACUCUACAGCUAGUCCUCACUUAACAACCACAAUAGGGACUAGAAAAUUGGCUGUUAAGCAAGGCGUUCAUUAAGCAAGUCAUCACGUGACCAGACCCAAUUUUACGACCAUUUUUACAACUUGUUAACCAAAUCACAUGGUCAUUAAGCGAAUCACAUGGUCAUUAAGUGAAUCAUGUGGUCGUUCAGCAAAUCGUUUCCCCAGUGGAUGUUUUUUGCCAGAAUUUGCUAAAUGACCACGUAAUUCGCUUAACGAUGUGAUUCACUUAAUGACCAUCGUAAAAAAGGUUGCAAAUCAUGAUCACAUGACUGCAAGUGGUGUGAUGGUUUGCG